CACAGUCGCUGUCGCCUGGACAUGGAGGAGAUGAGGGACCCAGCCGCGGUCGGGGCCGAGGUGGAGGCCGACGGGCCCCAGAGCCCCCAGGAGCAGCCCCCUUCCCCGCCAACACCGCCAACGCCGCCACCACCCGCGACCCCGGAGGCCCCCGAGUUCCCGCAGCCCGAGCCGUCGGAGGCCAGCGCCCGGCAGCUGCUGCUGGAGGAGUGGGGACCGCUGAGCGAGAGCCUGCUGCUGCCCUCGAGGGUCACCUGGCAGCUGCUGCUCCUGCGGCGGCCGCUCUACCGCAACCUGCUGCGCUCGCCCAACCCCGAGGGCAUCAACAUUUACCAGCCAGCACCCCCUACCGGGCCCACCCGACAGCCCCUGGAAGCUCUGGGCAAUUUCCGAGGAUGGCACAUCGGGAUGGAACCUCUCCAGCAGAACCUCAGCUGGACGGUGAAGCAGCAGUGUGUGAACCUCCUGGCUGAGGGCCUGUGGGAGGAGCUGCUGGAUGACGAGCAGCCGGAUGUCACCGUCAUGGACUGGUACGAGGACAGCCGCCUGGACCAGUGCGUCUAUGAGCUGCACGUCUGGCUGCUGGCAGCCGACCGCCGCACAGUCAUCGCGCAGCACCACGUGGCCCCCAGGAGCCCUGGGAGGGGCCCCCCUGGCCACUGGAUACAGGUGUCACACGUGUUCCGCCAGUAUGGGCCUGGGGUUCGCUUCAUCCACUUCCUGCACAAGACCAAGAACCGCGUGGAGCCUGGGGGGCUGCGGCGGACGAGGGUGACCGACUCCUCUGUGUCUGUGCAGCUCAGGGAAUGACAGGCUGAUCCUGGGCCUCCCUGACCCUGUGGUACCUGCUUGACCUUUAAGUCCCUCAUCAUGGGCUCUUCCCUGUUCCACUGUCACCUCUCUAACCUCUUGGUGUCUCUCUCCAGCCCUUUAGCUCCACUAUGUUCCUGCAGUACUACCCCAACUCCUUUGCACCUCUUUCCCAAUGCUGGUCCUUUCAUUUUGCUUGGCCCUUGGCUUCUCCUUUGACUUCUUCACACCUCCUCCCAGUUUUUUGACACAGGGGCCACUGCAAAUUCAGUGCUCCUCAGAUAGUAGGUGCUCAAUAAAUCUUCACUGAGUGAAAGCACACACACAAGCCGGAGGGUACUGAGUGCUUCCAUGUCUCUGCUCCUCAUAACUUCUCUCAGUGCGUACCCCACUGGCACCUCUUCAUUCUCCGGCACCCUUGGACCAUUUGCACUGAUCUUGACCUCCAAACUCUUGCCUGCUCCACUUAGCUCUUCUCCCAUGUCCCUGCACGCAGGAAUUCCCCCCACCCCCUCCUGCUUCCAAGCAACCUGUUGUUUCUCCAUGUGUCCUUCACCUCUUUUCCCAGGACCCCUUGAUACCCCUCAAGGUCCUCAUCCCUAGGGGUACUGGGGACACAGACUGCAACCUGGAGAGAAACGUGAAGAUUGGAACCAAAGUUUCCUCUGAGUGGGGGAGGGGAGGGUUAAAAGUACUUAACAAGCCCGUCCUGCUGACAACUGCCUGCAGUCCCAGCUUCAUGGGAGGAUUGUGAAUUU